ACAUUUGACAAAAUUCAUCGAGAACGAGAAAUUGACAACAGGCGAGAAUACCAACUAAAAUAUUUAUUUCUAAAAUAAAACACGAAAUUAAUUGCAAAAGUACACGUGUAAAUUCGUAAGUGGCGGUCGUGUGAAAGUGCGCAUAUCAUAUAUAAUAUAAGCAUAAGUUUACACAAACAUUUCUUGCAAAAGAAUUUGCAUUAUUUUAGGGACACGUAAGUCGAGUGUUUCUCGUUUAUCUCGAAAUCUCCAAGACUAUAAAUGUAAACAUGGAGAAUUUAAAACUGUACAUCGUUUGGUUGUGCUUUGCGUUAUCGGCCAGUGAACUAUUGGGCCCUGAGGCGCGAAAGAAGUCAGAAGACGAUGACACCUCUUUGGAGGAUUUAAAAGAGGAGGGCCAUAGCGAUCCUGAGUUUUACAAUGAAAUAUCGGAGGCUAUGAACAAGGAGCUUAAGCAAAUGAGGGAGAUGAGGGAGUAUGCUGAAGCUAUAAGGAAAACAGCAGGGCUACUUAAAGGGGAAGAAGAAAAUAAAGAAACAGACCCAGUCCAGGCAGAAAACAGCCUAGAUCAAAUGGAGCACACAUUGAAGCUGCUGAAGAAAACUUUGUUCAGACAUGAACCUAACUGGAUUCAGGAUGCCAAGGGAGUUGUUGCCUUACAUGAUAAUGAGUUUGAGAAACCUGAAGAAAAUCCGCAGGACAUUCUUGAUACUUUGCCACCUUUACCAGAACAGGAAGAACCGGUGCUUACACCAGAAUUGUUAGAAGCAAAAGAACUGUACGAAGCGGCAGUAGCUAAACUAGACCGUAGAUCGCCCGACCUUCGCGGCGCGAUACUACAAGUCAAACAAGCAGCUGACAAAGGCUAUGUGCCGGCUAAGAUCAAGCUCGCCUGGUCCUACAUAUACGGCGAGGGUGUGGAAUUGGACGUACAGAAAGCGAAGACCAUAUUCGAAGAGUUAGCUGCAGAUGGAAAUGCGGAUGCGCAUGCGGGUAUGGGUUUCCUCUACGCCACGGGUAUAGCAGUGCCCGUGUCGCAGGCUAGGGCGCUUGUGCACUACACCCUGGGUGCACUAGGAGACAGCGACUAUGCACAGAUGGCACUGGCUUACCGCUAUUGGGCCGGCGUCACCCUUACUGGCUCCUGUCCCAAAGCCAUGGAUCUUUACAUGAAAGUCGCCAACAAAGUGGCAAGCCAAGUGAGCUUGAGUGGGGGUCCGGCGGUGCAGCGCGUGAGGCUGAUGGACGAAGCGGACGGCGGCUCACCCGGCUCCGCGCUCGACACUGAUCUUAUUGAGUACUAUCAGUUGCUUGCUGAGAAGGGGGAUGUGCAGGCACAGGUCGGUCUAGGCCAGCUGCACUUCCAAGGUGGUCGCGGAGUGACGCUGGAUCUCAAUAAGGCGUUGCAUUACUUCAAACAAGCCGCCAAAACUGGUAAUGCUGUUGCCAAUGCUUUUCUUGGUAAGAUUUACUUAGAGGGUGGUGACGGUAUAAAACCAGACAACGAGACCGCGUUACAGUAUUUCAAGAAGGCAGCCGAACUUAACAACGCUGUGGGACAAAGCGGCCUAGGAAUUAUGUACUUACAGGGUCGCGGGGUACCUAAAGACACGGCAGCGGCGUUCAAGUAUUUCACCAUCGCCGCCAACCAGGGCUGGGUAGAGGGGCAGUUGCAUCUCGGAUUCAUGUAUUUUGGUGGAAUCGGCGUGCAGCGCGACUUCAAGAAGGCGAACAAGUAUUUCUCGCUGGCGUCGCAGUCGGGCCACGUGCUCGCGCUGUACCACUUGGCGCAGAUGCACGCGCAGGGGCUCGGCGUCUUGCGCUCCUGCCCUACUGCCGUCGAGUUAUUCAAGAACGUGUGCGAAAGAGGUCCAUGGGCGUCUCGGCUGAUGCUCGCGCACGCGGCCUUCCGAGCCAGAGACUCCGACUCCGCCUUCCUGCAGUAUUUGUCGCUGGCCGAGCGAGGCUACGAGGUGGCUCAGAGUAAUGCUGCCUUCUUACUGGACGAGGGAGAGACCCGUAUGUUCUCCGAGUCGGAGCGCUGGGCUCGUGCUCUGCAGUUAUGGUCGCGGGGCGCGGCGCAGGGCUGCGCGGGCGCGCGCGUCAAACUGGGCGACUACCACUACUACGGACUCGGUACUCCGCAGGAUCUCGAUAGUGCGGCGCAUCACUAUCGAGUGGCUUCCGAGCAACUACACAACGCUCAGGCAAUGUUCAACCUGGGCUACAUGCACGAGCGCGGGCUAGGCCUGGCUAGAGACCUGCACCUCGCCAAACGAUGCUACGACCUGGCGGCCGACGCGUCGCCCGACGCCCGCCUGCCCGCCGCCUUAGCGUUGGCGAGAUUGCACGCGCACUCUGCCAUUGAGAAUAUGGUCGAGUCUCUCUGGCAGAGUCCACUGGCAGUGAUCUUCCUGAGCGGCGAGUCGCCCUUACUGUCCAACUGGGACAUCUACCUCAUCACGGCCCUGGUGGGAGCCCUGGGCAUCGUCAUCUACCUGCGCAGGCCUCCGCAGCCCGCCAACUGAACAUCACGAAGCGACAUUUGAUUUUCGAUAUUGUUCCAACGUUAGAAAAGUCGAUAAUGGUUUGGCAGUGAAAAAUUAUCUUCGCUGCGUGCGCUGAUGUGCGCUGGUCCUAGUAAUUUAUUAUGUAGUAUUUUGAACACCUGAGUUUGCAGUUUGCACCAUUGGUACCUACUGAUUCUGAGCGCAACUAAAUUUUAGAAUAUUCGCAUCUUUUUCUUACCAAUGGAAUAAGACAGGGAUAAACAAAUCUAGUUUAAUUUAGAAUUGUCAAACCUCGUGACCUUAACUGCCAGUUGUGAGCCUAUUGUUUAAAUUUGUUGAGUGCACUAAAAUUGAGUCUUUAAAUUUAAAAUUCAUUUUCCGUCCCUUUUUAGCAAUAUCAAAAAGAAAAAGAUGCAGGUACACUAAAUUUAGUUUAGCGAAAAACAUCUGCAGAAUCGACGCUGUUGUCUAAUUACAGUAAAGUUGCGCAAAAAUUUACGUCACGGGAGCGUUGUGCGUGCGUUUGAGUUUUGUACGACUUAUAUAAUUUGUACUGCGAAAUAUGUAUAUAACUUGUUAUAUAAAUCUGCCCCCCGAUUGUGUAAGAACAAGGUAUUCAUCAUUAUCGUAAUCGAAAGCGAAUUCGGCCAUUUGAUUGGUUGAUUCGCUGUUUACAUUUUUUAAUAACCAAUCAAGGGGCAGACUUUGCUACCCAUUACGAUAGCGAUGAAUACGUUUUUCUUACAUUAUUGAGAGGCGGGUAUAAUACGUCCAAACUAAGAAAAGGAAUAUUUUUUCGCCAUAUUGUGAUGAAACAUACUUUGAUUCAAUACAUUUUCUAGAUUUUGUAGUAUUUCACUCAAUACGAUGAGGACAUCAUCGUUAUUAUUAACUCAUCGCCGACUCACUACUGAGAAUGGGUUUCAACUUAGAAUGAGAAGGGCAAUCCGAACUUAAACUUAGCAAACAUGGUCGACGUUGGCUAAGUUGACUUUCCUAUUCUUAUUUUGGACGCAUUAAGUAUAUUAUUAUUGUUAUUGUAGUAGCUUUGAUUGCUGUGACCAGAUCAAGGUUUGACAGCUGGGUCAUAUAAAACACGAGUUUUGAGGGUAGUGUAAAAAGUGCAAUGUAUUGGUGAAAACUAGAAAAUUGUAAAAAAUUUAAUUUAUUGUUGUGUGUAAGCGGCGAAAGUGUUCUGAAAGUUGUCUACAAUGAAAAUAAGUAAUCUUGUGAAUUUUUUGUUUCUCUGAGACCAUUAAAGCGUACAUGAUAAUAUGAGACCUAUAUAUAGAUUGAUGUUCCAUUAUAAAGUCUCAAAGAGUACUGACUGAAGAAACUGACUAAAUAACCUUAUACUACUACAUAUAGAACUUGAGAUUUUGCAUGUUCCUUAUAACAUUAACCCGUAUUCAAGUCAUCAAGUCAUUUUUUACGCAUUAUACUUGUUUUGCACAUACUAUACAUUUUGGCAGUUCUAAGCUAGGCUAGUCGCUACAUAGCCUUGAAAGACAUUCAACAAAUCUAUUGCAAGUUGGUGACUCACCAAAUCAAUUUUGAUUGUAUUAAGUUGAUCGUGUGAUAAAAACGCUUUGUAAAUAAAAUGAAAUAUAGAUUUUAUAAGGUU